AUGGCCAACAUUUCAAUUAGUGCCCCUGGUCUGAGCAGCGGUGGAUUCCUUUAUAGCAAUGGCAACAAUAAUGCGCGGCUAUGCAUCACAGCCGAGUCCGAUGAUUUCGAUAUGGACAUCAUCAGAAACUGGCAAGAAGAAGGAUUCGACGUCGUAUAUCUCCCUUACAACGGCGGAGGAAAAGAAUAUGCUCGUCGGCUGCAGUCUGUAAAGGACGGUCUCGGUGUAGGCGAGAAUUACGGUGUGGUCGCCUUUGGCGACGCCGCAGAUUUCUGUCUCGACUAUUAUCUGAAUUCCGUCAACGCCAGUCGGCUCUGCGCCCUGGUUGCAUACUACCCCAGCCUGAUCCCCGAUACGCGAUCGCGAUUCCCCCUCUCGCUCCAGGUGCUCGUGCACUUGGCAGGUGAGACUGUGGACGUACUUGUUCAGCCCGUUGCACUUGGAAUACAAGGCAAGAAACGCCGCCAAACUCGCCCAAUCAAUUCUGGUAUCGGGACUGGAGAGCGUUUGGAACUCGCAUACCCGGCAUUUACAUAUGAUAAUGCCCAGCCCGGGUUUGCGGAGAGCGAUGUGGAGGAAUACGAUCACCUUUCAGCGAAUCUAGCCUGGACACGGACUUUGAAGGUUCUGCGGAAAGGAUAUUCCAGAGAUCCGGAUUACGAGCAGCGGUAUGAGCAGCAUGUGGAUGGCAAAUUUUCCUCGUCCAACGUCCGAAAGACCAUGGAUGGUUAUGUCCAGCACAAGACCCCUAGUGUCACUUAUACACCAACAAUCAGCGGUGGAGUCGGGAAAAAAGGCUUGCGCCAUUUCUAUGAGCAAUACUUCAUCGGCAAACUGCCCCCAUCCAUGCGUCUGCGACUGCUUUCUCGUACCACAGGGUCUGACCGCAUCGUGGACGAGCUGUACGUAAGCUUUGAACACACACAGGAGGUUCCAUGGAUGCUACCGGGUGUUCCACCGACGAACAAGCGAGUCGAGAUCAUCCUUGUGAGUAUUGUCAGUAUGCGCGCCGGGCGUCUUUAUUCCGAGCACGUAUACUGGGACCAAGCCAGCGUGCUCGUGCAAGUUGGCCUUCUGGACCCCAAGCUGCUACCGGAGGGAGUCCAGGGUGUCGAACGACUGCCCAUUGUUGGGCGUGAAGCCGCUCGUCGCAUUCUCCAUGAGGAUCCGGAGCUUGAACAGGAAGACUACCAUAAUAAGAUGAUCCGUCGUGCCCGUGCGCGCGCAAGGAGAAGCAUGAAUAAGAGCGCCCGCGCGUCGCAGGCCGGGGAUGAUUAUGGUGACCUGAAGAGUGAGGCGGAGCAGUCGUUGCCUGACAGGAGUCGGAAUAAGGGCAAAACAGUCCAGAAAACGAAACCUGCGAGUCUGCAGCGGACGAAUACAGAAGCGGCUGAGCACGAGGAUGACGGCGAUAAGACAGAGACAGAAUCUAAGGCUGGUGAUCAGGCUGCCUACGUCGAAGACGAGGAAGGUAAUAGUGGUGCGAACGGGUCCAAGCAAACGUGA